AGGGGGGGUUGCACAAGAAAAAAAAAAUCUCCCACUGUGGGCGGGAAUUCUUGUGCGAGCAAAGUGAGGAUUGUGAAGAGCAAGGAGAGAAAGGGAAAGUGAAAGCCCUUCGGCAACACUCGCCUCUGGACGCAGCGCCCGCACUGCACGGCGGGAAGGAAGAUCCGUGUUGGAAUGCUGCGAACUGGAAGUUAAACAAGAAAACCCCGCGCGUCUUUGUCCUGUGCGUGGGUCUUUGCUGCUGGCGAAGGAAGCGGCGAGGAAAAAAAGAAAGAAAAGAAGCUGGACGUCAACAGAAGAAGUUUAUGGAGUCACUUUGAGGAUCGAAGCGGCACUCGCUCUGCAGCCCUCUUUUGUGUUUGUACCAGCCUGAAGGACCGAGAAGGAGGCGGAUUCCCCCAGAAGUAGAGAAGAAACGCAAUCGUCUUUUUGUUUUGUUGAUGCCAUCUGAGAAUGCUCUUUGCAGCUUCAAUCUUAAGUCUUUCUCCACUGCUUUGGUGGUACCGCAUUCCACUGCAGGAACACUGAAGGCAACGAAGAAAAUAAUCCCUCACAAAGUAAGAGUGCGGCAUAAUUAGUGAAGUAGUGGCCGCAGUGGAAAGAUGUUUUGAAGAUGACUUUCUUCUGAAAAAUAGUGUUGGUAACCUUGAAGUGCGUUUAUGUGUGCACAUCGCUUUCAUACUCAAAGGACUAGGAUUUGUACUUGGAUGAGGAUUUAGCUUUUCACAAUGACCUCGCCAGGAGGCUUUGGCUGGUGCUGCUGGCUGUCGCUGCUCGCUUGUUGUUUCUUUAUCGCCUUGGCAGCCAAACCCAGAAUGCCCGGCCACACACACCUCAACUCAAUACGCAUCGAUGGGGACAUAUCUCUGGGUGGGCUUUUCCCUGUGCAUGCAAGAGGAAAUGACGGCAAAGCCUGCGGCGAGCUCAAGAAGGAGAAGGGGAUCCACAGGUUGGAGGCUAUGUUAUUCGCCUUGGACCGUAUCAAUAAUGACAAUGAACUGCUGCCCAACAUCACUUUAGGGGCACGCAUCCUGGACACAUGCUCCCGGGACACUCAUGCUCUGGAACAGUCGCUGACGUUCGUACAGGCCCUGAUUGAGAAGGACUCAACCGACGUCAAGUGUCUCAGCGGUGGGCCGCCCAUCAUCACAAAGCCAGAGAGAGUGGUCGGAGUGAUUGGCGCGUCUGCCAGCUCCGUGUCAAUUAUGGUGGCCAACAUACUACGUCUGUUCAAGAUCCCUCAAGUGAGCUAUGCCUCCACAGCCCCAGAGCUCAGUGACAACACGCGUUAUGACUUCUUCUCUCGAGUGGUGCCUCCGGACACUUACCAGGCCCAGGCCAUGGUGGACAUCGUCAAAGCCAUGCGUUGGAACUAUGUGUCUACUGUAGCCUCUGAGGGAAACUACGGAGAAAGUGGUGUGGACGCAUUCAUUCAAAAGUCUCGGGAGGACGGUGGCCUGUGCAUCUCCCAGUCGGUGAAAAUUCCACGUGAACCAAAAGCUGGGGAAUUUGACAAGAUUAUACGAAGGCUGAGUGAGAACCCAAAUGCCCGAGUGGUCAUUAUAUUUGCCAAUGAGGACGACAUCAGGCGGCUGUUGGAAUCCGCAAAGAAGGCCAAUCAAACAGGACAUUUUAUCUGGGUGGGUUCAGACAGCUGGGGAUCAAAAAUCUCCCCGAUUCUGAACCAGGAAGAGAUGGCUGAAGGAGCUGUAACCAUCCUGCCAAAACGGCAGUCCAUCAAAGGGUAUGAUCGCUACUUUAUCAGCCGAACACUGGAGAACAACAGGAGAAACAUUUGGUUUGCAGAGUUCUGGGAGAACAACUUCCAGUGCAAACUAAGCCGACACGCUGUGAAGAAAGGCUCUGGCAUCAAAAAGUGCACAAAUCAUGAGAGGAUUGGCAAAGAUUCCUCCUAUGAACAAGAAGGAAAGGUCCAGUUUGUGAUUGACGCGGUUUACGCCAUGGCUCACGCUCUGCACAACAUGCACAAAGACCUGUGCCCGGGGAAAGUUGGCCUCUGCCCCAAGAUGGACACCAUCAAUGGCACGCUGCUGCUCAAAUACAUUCGAAAUGUCAACUUCUCAGGAAUUGCCGGAACGCCGGUGGUCUUCAACGUGAAUGGAGAUGCUCCUGGUCGUUAUGAAAUCUACCAAUACCAGAUGAAAAAUAACACCACAGAGUACAAAAUCAUUGGCCACUGGACCGACCAGCUCCACUUGGAUAUGGAUGAGAUGCAGUGGCCAGGUGAAAGUCAAGAAGUGCCAUCUUCCAUAUGCAGCCAACCUUGCCGAGCUGGUCAGCGGAAGAAGACAGUCAAAGGAAUUCCAUGUUGUUGGCACUGUGAAAACUGCGACGGCUACCAGUACCAGGCUGACACGUACACCUGCAAGAUGUGUCGCUUUGACCUUCGGCCCAAUAAGAACCACACUGGCUGUGUUCCUAUUCCCAUUGUCAAACUGGAGUGGAGCUCCCCAUGGGCGGUCAUCCCCGUCCUCAUUGCCGUCCUGGGCAUCAUGGCAACGCUGUUUGUUGUUGUCACCUUUGUGCGCUACAAUGACACACCCAUAGUUAAGGCCUCAGGCCGAGAACUGAGCUAUGUGCUUCUGACUGGUAUCUUCUUGUGCUACGCCACAACAUUCCUUAUGAUCUCUGCCCCCGAUGUGUUUAUAUGCUCACUGCGCAGGAUCUUCCUCGGCUUGGGUAUGAGUAUCAGUUACGCAGCACUCCUCACAAAGACUAAUCGCAUCUACAGGAUUUUUGAACAGGGCAAGAUGUCGGUCAGCGCCCCUCGAUUCAUAUCCCCGGCCUCACAGUUAGUUAUCACAUUCAGUCUGAUUUCCGUUCAACUCCUGGGCGUGUGUAUCUGGUUUGGUGUUGACCCAUCACAAGCCAUCAUUGAUUACGAGGACCAGCGUACAGCUAAUCCUAAUAUGGCCCGCGGCGUCUUAAAGUGCGACAUAUCAGACCUGUCCCUCAUCUGUCUGUUGGGUUACAGCAUGCUCCUGAUGGUCACCUGCACUGUUUACGCCAUCAAGACCAGAGGGGUGCCAGAGACUUUUAAUGAGGCCAAACCUAUCGGCUUCACCAUGUACACCACUUGCAUCGUAUGGCUUGCCUUCAUUCCCAUCUUCUUUGGGACUUCGCAGUCGGCAGAAAAGAUGUACAUCCAGACAACAACCUUGACCAUCUCUGUCAGCCUGAGUGCGUCCGUCUCUUUGGGAAUGCUUUACAUGCCCAAAGUCUACGUGGUUCUCUUUCACCCGGAGCAGAACGUACCGAAGCGCAAGCGCAGCCUGAAGGCUGUGGUGACGGCUGCCACCAUGUCCAACAAGUUCAACCCAAAAGGUGGUCUACGGCCCAACGGGGAGGCCAAGUCGGAACUUUGUGAAAGUCUGGAAACACAAGCGUUGGCCUCCAAGCAGACGUACAUAAGCUACAGCAACCAUGCCAUCUGAGAAGCAGUUGAGCGUGGGGCCGCCUGAGAAGAAAUCCCCUGAUUCCGGGCGAUAACGCUGAAUGAGAGAUUCCGGAUGAGCUACUGCGGCAGAGAGAAAAAUCAGGAAUGAAAGGAUGUCAUAUUUUUUUAAAUUAUAAAAUGCCGCAUUUAUCAGAAAUGAGUUGAAUGCAGGGGAUAAAAAAAGAAAAGAAGACUGGAUUCAUUUUCCCUUACAUUCCGUCUGAGACUUUUAAAAGUUGGGCUGUGUUUGUUUCCAAAUGCAGGUUGGGUUCUCCCUAUUGAGUGUAUAGCCCACAUUUAAGUCCUCUCUUGACUAAUUUCAACAAAAAAAGGAAUUAAUCAAGUUGUUAACUGCAGUACUCUUCAAUCUGUACAUGCCUUACAAGAGUUCAUUGAGUAUUGCAACAUGAAACAUCCACACUUGGAUCUGACAACAACAAAGCUGUCGUCCAUUAUGGUUAGUUUUUUUAAUUUCCUUUUGGUGUUCCAUAUUUAUGUCAAUGACAACAUUUGGCAAACCUAGUGUACAGUCCUAAAGCAUGCUUGUGGGAGCAUCCCUUGUACUGUGUGUUGUGUUGUCCAUGGAAUGCAACAUUUGUCAUGGUUGCGGGUCAUAUUGGGGACCAUGAGCAAAUAUCUGAUAUAUAAACACAACAAGGUGACCAACUAAAACUAGCUGUUAUGUUUAUAUAACCUGAGGAAUUGGAGUUUUACUUAAGCAUCCAGACUUUGAGCCUUAUUUAUUAUGCACAAAUCAAAAUUUGUCGGAUCAAAGGUGGUCCAUGUCAACGUGUAUUUUAAAUGUAGCAAGGUAAGUACAGUGGAACCUCGAUUUAUGAACGCCUUGAUUUACAACCUUUUCAUUUAAAGAACCUUUACAUCGCGCCAAAUAUGCCUCUGUGUGCGAAACGUGUCUCGGCGUAGGAAUACUAGAUUCAUUCAUUGAUCUUGCGUGCCGCUGGAAGCCUUAGGGCGCUGCCAUGUUGAUGACAUCACUUCCUGUACUCACGGGUGCAGCCAUUUUGAAGAGGUGGGGCCCCCUACAUCACAUCCUGUUUACACAGUCAUUAUCCAGUAGUCAGUUCUUAGUGCUUAAGUGCGUGUUUCUUUUCUCGCCACUCACCAAGUUCUAUCUAUUUUGUUUAUUCAAUGUGGCUCCAAAAAGCCAACAAACCAGCCUGGAAAGAAGGAGGGAUUUGCUGUGGACUUAAAAAUGACUGUUUGCGAGCAGUACGGCCAUACUUGCCAACCCUCCCGAAUUUUCCGGGAGACUCCCGAAAUUCAGCGGCUCUCCCGGAAACCUCCCGGGACAAAUAUUCUCCCGAAAAUCUCCCGAUUUUCAGCCGGAGCUGGAGGCCACGCCCCCUCCAGCUCCAUGCGGACCUGAGUGAGGACAGCCUUUUUUCACGUCCGCUUUCCCACGAUAUAAACAGCGUGCCUGCCCAAUCACGUUAUUCCAUACGAGGCGUCCGGCAUACCGCCGAUGAGCAUGGUGCAGAUGGAGAAGAUCUUCUCGGCGUCCGUGUUGGCGCACACAUUGCCAAAGCCGACGCUGGUCAGGCUGCUGAGGGUGAAGUAGAGGGCGGCGAUGUACGAGCUGCGCACCGACGGGCCGCCGAUGGUGUUGUUGACGUAGGGCAUCUCCAGGCGUUUGCCCAGCUCAUGGAGCCAUCCUUGGAGAACAGAUGGGAGGACAACAGGGUGACAAGAACUAAAUAAUCCAGACUAGAGAUAAAUUGUAUUGUAGCCGAGUGUCCUGGGUUCGCCUAUACAGUGUACUUAUAUAAGAAAAUAAUAAACGGGAGACGUUAGAGCAGGUUCGGUAGCCACCGCUUCUUUAAUGUAAACUUCACAAACCUUCUUCCACAACCACACACACCCUACGUCACAGCCCUACGGCAACUCUGGAGGGACAAAACUCCUCCUCCUUAUCUAACACACUCCGGUAACUUGGGACACCCUGAACUGUUUGUUACAGUAUUAUUAUGUUUAUCUUACCUAAAAAUAAAUAUACUUAUUAAUUAAAAAAAUAAUAAUAAUAAAUACAUUUUUACUAUAUUUUGCUAAAAACAUCAAAAUUAAAUGUAUUUUUAUUUGUAUUUUUUCUGACUCCUUAUUACAUCCAGCCAUAGAAUUAUACAUUAAAAUAAACAUAUUUGAA